AUGGAGGACUUCUCCCAGCGUGAGAGAGGCCAGUUGCAGAGGCUCUUCUCCAGCCAGAGCUGGGCCUGUACAGGCCACUGGGAGGCAGGACGUGGGCCUGAAGAGCUUGGCUGCAGAAACUUCGGGGCCUACAAACGCCAGCAGGAGCUGAGCCAAAAGAGCUUGCUUGCUGGGAGUCAGGAGCUGGGCUGGGAGACGCAGCCUGGAGGAACAGCUGGGCCUGCAGAGACCGCCAUGAGGGAGGCAGAGGCUGGGCCUCCUCAAGUCGGCCUCUCCAGACCCACUUGCAGCCUCCCGGCAUCCUCUCUGGGCCCAGUUCUUCCUCCCUGCUGCAUCUCCAGGCCCUACUCCUGCCUCCCAACAACCUCUUUGGACUCAGCUCCCGCCCAGCUCCCGGCGGCCCUGGUAGGCCCACAACUUCCUGAAGCCAAGCUCCCCAGGCCCAGCUCAGGCCUCACGGUGGCCUCUCCAGCCUCAGCUCCUGCCCUCCGACAGCGUCUUCAGGCCCCAAAUGACGUCCGGUUGGUGGACUCCUCCUGGCCCAGCUUGGGCCUCCCGGCAACCUCUGCAGGCCCAGGUUGUCCUGAAGUCGGCCUCUCCAGGCCCAGCUCUGGCCUCCCAGCAAGCAAGCUCUUUUGGCUCAGCUCCUGCCCAGCUCCCGCUGGCCUUUGUAGGCCCCGAACUUUCUCCAGCCAAGCUCUUCAUGCCCACCUCCUGCCUCCCGAGCUGGGCCUGUACAGGCCACCGGGAGACAGGACGUGGGCCUGAAGAGCUUGGCUGCAGAAACUUCGGGGCCUACAAACGCCAGCAGGAGCUGAGCCAAAAGAGCUUGCUUGCUGGGAGUCAGGAGCUGGGCUGGGAGACACAGCCAGGAGGAACAGCUGGGCCUGCAGAGGCUGCCAUGAGGGAGGCAGAGGCUGGGCCUCCUCAAGUCGGCCUCUCCAGACCCACUUGCAGCCUCCCGGCAUUCUCUCUGGGCCCAGUUCUUCCUCCCGGCUGCGUCUCAAGGCCCGACUCCGGCCUCCAAACAACCUCUUUGGACUCAGCUCCCGCCUAGCUCCCAGUGGCCCUGGUAGGCCCACAACUUCCAGAAGCCAAGCUCCCCAGGCCCAGCUCAGGCCUCACGGUGGCCUCGCCAGCCUCAGCUCCUGCCCUCCGAAAGCGUCUCCAGGCCCCAAACGGCGUCCGGUCGGUGGGCUCCUCUAGGCCCAGCUUGGGCCUCCCAGUGGCCUCUGCAGACCCAAAUUGUCCUGAAGUCGGCCUCUCCAGGCCCAGCUCCGGCCUCCCGGCGGCCUCUCCAGGCACAACGCGUCCUCAAUGAGGGCCCCUCCGGUGCCAGCUCCUGCCUCCCGUUGGCCUCUAGAGGCCCGGCCUCUACCUCACAGUGGGCCCUCCAGGCCCACCUGUUGCCUGGCACCGUGGCCUCCUCGGGCCAGGCUCCCACCUCAGGGCGGCCUCCGCAGGCCCAGCUCCUGCCUCCCGGAGGCCAAACUGGGACGUCAUGGCGGCAUUUCGCGGCCUAGCGUUUGCUCCUUUGCAUCCGCUCCAGGCACUGGACUUCCUCCAGUCGGCCUCUCCAGGCCCAGCUCUUCCUCCUGGUGGCCUCUGCAGGCCCAGACUGCCCUUGAGUCGGUCUCUCCAGGGCCAGCUCCGGCCUCCCGGCAGCUUCUGCAAGCCCAAGUCAUCCUCAAGUUGGCCUGGAAUUGGGCCUGGAAGAGCUGCAAGGCAGCCUCCCCGGGCCCAGCUCCGUCCUCUCGUCAGCCUCUCCAGGUGCAAAACUUCCUCAAGUCAAGGCCGGGCGUGGUGGCUCACGCCUGUAAUCCCAGCACUUUGGGAGGUUGAGGUGGGCGGAUCAUGAGGUCAGGAGAUCGAGACCAUCAUGGCUAAAACAGUGAAACCCCGUUUCUACUAAAAAUACAAAAAAUUAGCCGGGCGCGGGAGCGGGCGCCUGUAGUCCCAGCUACUAGGGAGGCUGAGGCAGGAGAAUGGCGUGAACCCGGGAGGCGGAACUUGCUGUGAGCCAAGAUAGCACCAAUGCACUCCGGCCUUGGCUAAAGAGCAAGACUCUUCCCCUAACUCAUUUUAUGACGCCAGCAUCAUCCUGAUACAAAAACCUGGCAGAGGCACAACAAAAAAAGAGAAUUUUAGACCAAUAUCCUUGAUGAACAUUAAUGCAAAAAUCCUCAAUAAAAUACUGGCAAACAGAAUCCAGCAGCACAUCAAAAAGCUUAUCCACCAUGAUCAAGUGGGCUUCAUCCCUGGGAUGCAAAGCUGGUUCAAUAUACGCAAAUCAAUAAAUGUAAUCCAGCAUAUAAACAGAACCAAAGUCAAAAACCACAUGAUUAUCUCAAUAGAUGCAGAAAAGGCCUUUGACAAAAUUCAACAACCCUUCAUGCUAAAAACUCUCAAUAAAUUAGGUAUUGAUGGGUCGUAUCUCAAAAUAAUAAAAGCUAUUUAUGACAAACCCACAGCCAAUAUCAUACUGAAUGGGCAAAAACUGGAAGCAUUCCCUUUGAAAACUGGCACAAGACAGGGAUGCCCUCUCUCAUCACUUCUAUUCAACAUAGUGUUGGAAGUGCUUGCCAGGGCAAUUAGGCAAGAGAAGGAAAUCAAGGGUAUUCAAUUAGGAAAAGAGGAAGUCAAAUUGUCCCUGUUUGCAGAUGACAUGAUAAUAUAUCUAGAAAACCCCAUUGUCUCAGCCCAAAAUCUCCUUAAGCUGAUAAGCAACUUCAGCAAAGUCUCAGGAUACAAAAUCAAUGUAGAAGAAUCACAAGCAUUCUUAUACAUCAAUAACAGACAAACAGCCAAAUCAUGAGUGAACUCCCAUUCACAAUUGCUUCAAAGAGAAUAAAAUACCUAGGAAUCCAACUUACAAGGGAUGUGAAGGACCUCUUCAAGGAGAACUACAAACCACUGCUCAAGGAAAUAAAAGAGGAUACAAACAAAUGGAAGAACAUUCCAUGCUCAUGGGUAGGAAGAAUCAAUAUCAUGAAAAUGGCCAUCCUUCCCAAGGUAAUUUACAGAUUCAAUGCCAUCCCCAUCAAGGUACCAAUGACUUUCUUCACAGAAUUGGAAAAAACUACUUUAAAGUUCAUAUGGAACCAAAAAAGAGCCCGCAUCGCCAAGUCAAUCCUAAGCCAAAAGAACAAAGCUGGAGGCAUCACGCUACCUGACUUCAAACUAUACUACAAGGCUACAGUAACCAAAACAGCAUGGUACUGGUACCAAAACAGAGAUAUAGAUCAAUGGAACAGAACAGAGCCCUCAGAAAUAAUGCCACAUAUCUACAACUAUCUGAUCUUUGACAAACCUGAGAAAAACAAGCAAUGGGGAAAGGAUUCCCUAUUUAAUAAAUGGUGCUGGGAAAACUGGCUAGCCAUAUGUAGAAAGCUGAAACUGGAUCCCUUCCUUACACCUUAUACAAAAAUCAAUUCAAGAUGGAUUAAAGACUUAAAUGUUAGACCGAAAACCAUAAAAACCCUAGAAGAAAACCUAGGCAAUACCAUUCAGGACAUAGGCAUGGGCAAGGACUUUAUGUCAAAAACACCAAAAGCAACGGCAACAAAAGCCAAAAUUGACAAAUGGGAUCUAAUUAAACUCAAGAGCUUCUGCACAGCAAAGGAAACUACCAUCAGAGUGAACAGGCAACCUACAAAAUGGGAGAAAAUUUUUGCAACCUACUCAUCUGACAAAGGGCUAAUAUCCAGAAUCUACAAUGAACUCCAACAAAUUUACAAGAAAAAAACAACCCCAUCAAAAAGUGGGCAAAGGACAUGAACAGACACUUCUGAAAAGAAGACAUUUAUGCAGCCAAAAAACACAUGAAAAAAUGCUCACCAUCACUGGCCAUCAGAGAAAUGCAAAUCAAAACCACAAUGAGAUACCAUCUCACACCAGUUAGAAUGGCAAUCAUUAAAAAGUCAGGAAACAACAGGUGCUGGAGAGGAUGUGGAGAAAUAGGAACACUUUUACACUGUUGGUGGGUCUGUAAAUAGUUCAACCCUUGUGGAAGUCAUUGUGGCGAUUCCUCAGGGAUCUAGAACUAGAAAUACCAUUUGACCCAGUCGUCCCAUUACUGGGUAUAUACCCAAAGGACUAUAAAUCAUGCUGCUAUAAAGACGCAUGCACACGUAUGUUUAUUGUGGCAUUAUUCACAAUAGCAAAGACUUGGAACCAACCCAAAUGUCCAACAAUGAUAGACUGGAUUAAGAAAAUGUGGCACAUAUACACCAUGGAAUACUAUGCAGCCAUAAAAAAUGAUGAGUUCACGUCCUUUGUAGGGACAUGGAUGAAAUUGGAAAUCAUCGUUCUCAGUAAACUAUCACAAGAACAAAAAACCAAACACCGCAUAUUCUCACUCAUAGGUGGGAAUUGAACAAUGAGAACACAUGGACCCAGGAAGGGGAACAUCACACUUUGGGGACUGUUGUGGGGUGGGGGGAGGGGGGCGGGAUAGCAUUGGGAGAUAUACCUAAUGCUAGAUGACGAGUUGGUGGGUGCAGCGCACCAGCAUGGCACAUGUAUACAUAUGUAACUUACCUGCACGUUGCGCACAUGUACCAUAGAGCCUAAAGUAUAAUAAUAAUAAUAAUAAUAAUAAAAAGAAGAAAAAGAAUGUAUAUUCUGCAGUCGUAUGAAGCAUGCUAUAAAUAUCAAUUAGGUCAAAAAAAAAGAAUAAACGGUGGUUUUCAAGGGCCAGGGUAAAGGGGAAAUGGAAAGUUGCUGAUCAAUGGUUAUAAAAUCUCAGUUAUGCAAAUUGAAAAAUUUCUAGGCAUCUGCUACCCAACAUUGUUCGUAUAGUGAACAAUACUGUAUUUUACAUUUAAACUUUUGUUGAGGGUAGACCUCAUGCUAAUUUUCUUGCCACUAUAAAAUAAAAAUUUUUUAAAAAGGAAAAAAAA